AUGCUUCCUCAGCUUCUGAAUCGAACGGUCACCUAUCUGCGACCUCAGCUCCGAUUUCUGUCUCCUCUCCCACCGUCAACUUCUCUAUCCUCUUCCUCUGAGCAACCUCCACCGGCACCGGCGCCGGUAACGCCGCCGCCGCCUCCCCUGAAAUUGCCACUUGACUGCUCCCCCGCCCGCCUCCGGAAGCUGAUCGCGACCCAGUCAGACCCUCUCCUCGCAAAGGAGAUCUUCUCCCUCGCCGCCUCCCUUCGGCCCGAUGACUUCUCUCCUUCCUCCCCAAGGUCCUACUCCUCCCUCCAUGUCCUCAUCCUCAAGCUCGCCCGUGCUCGUCACUUCUCUCUCGCGGACUCCCUCCUCCGACGCCUGCCCAGCCCGUCCCCGGGUCUCUUCUCCGCCCUCAUCAAGGUCUACGCCGACGCUGGUCUCCCCGACCGCGCCGCAUCCGCCUUCCGCUACAUGCUCCGGCACACGCGGUGCCGCCCCAGCGCGCGGCACCUCAAUCGCCUCCUCUCCGCCCUCGCGGCACGGCCCGACCACCUCCCCUCCGCCCUCCACAUCCUUAGGUCCGCCGACGCCAUGGCCGUUCCCUCCGACGUUCGCUCCCACAACGUCCUCAUCGGGGCCUUCUGCCGGAUCGGCAAGCUGAGCAUCGCCUACGACCUGUUCAACAGAAUGUUCAAGAGAGGCCUCACCCCCGACGUUGAGUCCUACAGGCUCCUGAUGCAAGGCCUCUGCAGGAAGAGCCAGGUGACAUCCGCAGUGGACCUGCUUGAGGACAUGCUCAACAAGGGUUACGUCCCCGACGCCCUCAGCUACUCCACCCUUCUGAACAGCCUCUGCAGGAAGAAGAGGCUCCGGGAGGCCUACAAGCUUCUGUGCAGGAUGAAGGUGAAGGGCUGCAACCCGGACGUCGUCCACUACAACACCGUCAUCCUCGGCUUCUGCCGAGAGGGCCGCCCGUGGGACGCCUGCAAGCUGCUCGACGAUAUGUCGGACAACGGCUGCUUCCCCAGCCUAUUGACCUACACUACGCUCGUCAACGGACUGUGCAGCCGGGGGCUGACGGAGGAGGGAAGCCACUACUUACAGGACAUGAUCUCCAAGGGCCUGGUCCCCCACUUCUCGGUCUUCCACGCCCUGGUGAAGGGCUUCUGCGCCGUGGGCAAGUACGGGGAGGCCUGCGACGUCCUCGCAGAGAUGCUGAACCUCGGCGUUGCUCCUCACGUGGAGACGUGGGCCGUGCUGCUACCCGGCGUCUGCGACGACGAUGGGGAGACGUCCAUGGCGGCCGCCAAGAGGCUGGUGAUGGAGGACGGAUGGAGGAGGGCGACGAGGAUUGUGCAGGCCGGGCCUGAGCUCGAAGAGUACAUGGCGCGUAGAUCACCAGGACGAGGAGUACUUAGCGGUACGAUGCAUUUAGUUGGCAACAGAAACUCACAAUCUGUCCGCCCUCCCUUUACAUAG